UUUACAUAUCCCAACUUCUAACAAACCCAAAACAGCAAAGAAAAAAAUUGAGAGCUUGAAGAUCUAAAUAUUUUUUCCUCGUGUUCAAGGUAAAAGGGAACGACAAUGGGGUGUUCAUUCUCAGGUUUGAAUGCAUUGUACGACACAGUUAAUGGUGGAGGGGACGUUUGGAUCAACGACAACAGGUUCAAGAUCGUAAGGCAACUCGGCGAAGGUGGGUUCGCCUAUGUUUACCUGGUGAAGGAAGUCGUAUCUGAUUCCUCUUCAGCUUUGGCUAGUGGCUUAGCCAAAAAAGUUAAGGACCCUUCACAUCUCUCUGAUGCUGGAACUUAUGCAAUGAAGAAAGUUCUCAUUCAGAAUAAUGAGCAGUUGGAUUUGGUUCGAGAGGAGAUCCGUGUUUCAUACUUGUUUAGCCACCCUAAUCUGCUUCCGCUUCUUGAUCAUGCUAUUAUUUCUGUUAAGCCUACACAAGAAGGAUCAUGGAAUCGUGAAGCAUAUUUACUAUUUCCUGUUCAUUUGGAUGGAACGUUAUUGGACAAUUCCACAGCUAUGAUUGCUAGAAAGGAAUUUUUUUCUGCCUCAGAUGUUCUUCAAAUAUUUCGGCAGCUGUGUGCAGGACUCAAACAUAUGCACAAUUUUGAGCCUCCAUAUGCACAUAAUGAUGUCAAGCCUGGUAAUAUUCUUUUAUCCCAUAGAAAAGGGAAAUGGCCUCUUGCUAUAUUGAUGGAUUUUGGGAGUUCUCGUCCUGCCAGGAAGCAAAUUCGCUCCCGUUCAGAGGCACUACAGCUUCAGGAAUGGGCAUCUGAGCACUGUUCAGCACCUUUCCGAGCCCCUGAAUUGUGGGAUUGCCCCAGUGAUGCAGAUAUUGAUGAGAGAACUGAUAUUUGGUCGUUGGGAUGCACUUUAUAUGCAAUAAUGUAUGGUGUAUCCCCUUUUGAGUAUGCACUUGGAGAAUCUGGAGGAAGCCUGCAGUUGGCUAUUGUAAAUGCACAGAUUAAGUGGCCAGCAGGACCUAAACAACCAUAUCCAGAAGAUCUUCGCCAAUUUGUUACUUGGAUGCUUCAGCCUCAAGUUACUCUUCGCCCUCACAUAGACGAUAUUUUAAUUCAUGUCGACAAGUUGGUCUCAAAGUUUUCCCUGUGAGGUUACAAGGAAAGGGCAUCCAGUCAGUGAUGUAAGCAUCCAGUCAGUUGACAAAAUGAGCAGAUCCAGCAAUUUGCGUCAUAAGUGAAAGCAUCUAUGUAAGCAUUUGGACUUCCUUAUUAAAACUUAGAUAGAUAAUCCUUUUCGGUGAAGGUGUGCAUUAAUUUGUUUUCCACAAUUAUUUAACUUCAUGAUCAGUAAUUUGUUGGAUCCCAGAUUCAAAUUUUAUAGGAAAGCCUCAAUAAUUUCUGUUAUCCAUUCAGUGCAUAUUCUAGGUAUCUCAGUUUCUUUUAUUUGCAGACCUAUGUUAAUAAACCAUGCCUGUUUCAAGGUUUUCUAAUCAGUUAUUUUGUUCUGCAAAAUGUUUUAAGUAUUUAGA